AUGAAGCUUCUCCCACCGGUGCUGUUCCUCGCAGCCACGGCUCAUGCUCACUACCGCUUCCCCAAGCUCAUCGUCAACGGCGUGGCCGAAGCCCAAGAAUGGGUCUCAGUCCGCCAGACCAAGAACUUCCAGAGCAACCAAGGCGUGACCGACGUCAACUCGCCCGACAUCCGAUGUUUCCAAAACAGGGCUGGCACAUCCGUGGCCAAGGUCGCAGCGGGCGAUCCGCUCGGGUUUGUGGCCAUGGCAGAGAUUAGCCACUUCGGCCCUGUGUCCUUCUACAUGGCGCGUGUGCCCGAGGGCCAGGAUAUCAACUCGUGGGCGGCCGACGGGAAGGUAUGGUUCAAGGUGGGGGAGAUAUCCGCUGUCGAGAACGGCGGUGGCCCGUUGACGUCGGAUGAGAAAACUUGGCCCGCGUACAAACAAACCUCAGUGGAAUUCACCAUCCCCACCGCCCUGCCUAGCGGUCAAUACCUCGCCCGCGUCGAGAGCAUCGCGUUGCACCAAGCCUCUAGCAUCGGCGGCGCACAGAUCUAUUUGUCCUGCGCGCAGGUUGAGGUCACAGGCGGCGGCAGCGGCACGCCGGGCCCGUUGGUGUCGUUCCCCGGCGCGUACCAGGCGAGUGACCCGGGUCUGCUGUGGUCGUAUUACCCGCUUGCGACGAGCUAUAAGGCGCCGGGUCCGGCGGUUUGGCUGGGGUGA